AUGUUGUUGUUCCACAUCUCGGCAAUGGACACUCCUACACAACCUGCACAGUUCCUCCUGGAUUCCGCCUCGCCUUUCCACAUUGUCAACAAUCACUCUCUAUUUACCGGCAACCUCAGGCCUAUGUCGCGUCACAUCAGCGGCAUUGGUGGUCAAACCGCCGUCACAGGCAUCGGUUCCAUCGAACUACGCACCAAUCUAGGUGCCUUGGUGAAACUCACCAGUUGGUGUGUUGUGAUUGAGGAUUAGCAGGAAGGCGGCUAUUGGCUAUUUGAUUAGAAGUGCGCGUUUGUUUAGUGAAGCCUGGCGAUGCGCACCAACUGUUGUCUUCUCUCCACGGUUGGAUUACACGCUCGUCAGUCUCUUAUUUGGUAGCGUCUGUAUUGCCACAAGGCACAGAUCCGCAAGCAGAAAAGACGCAGCGCAUAUCCAAGAUGGCGAUGACCACAGCGGACCACAUCAGUCUGAUGGGCGACUUGUAUGGCAAAGUUGACGCCAGCAAUUGGGGUGUUGCCCGGGAACGACUCCAGAACAUACUGAAAGGCGAGGGCCGCCUCAAGCAUGUCACUGGUGCACUCGACGUCGGCCCCGAGCCUCUGCAAUCCGAGUUCACCCGCUUGGAGGGCGACACCCGCGUUGACGAUGUGGCCACCUAUCGCAACCAACUUUGAUUGUACCACCAGGAUGUCGAUGCCCUCGACCAGGCCCUUGCGCAGGCGCACAACACGCUGAUCAUGUGCCUGGGGGAAUCCACCUUCGCCUGCGUCAAGGCCAACGCAAUGCACGACCUGUGGGCCACCCUCGAUAAGGACCUCCGUCGCGCUUCGGACGAUUUCAUGCGUUCGGCAAAGCUCUUCCGCCCUCUUCUUGUGAACCAUUUGUCGACGGCGAGGCGCUCGACCCCUGGCUUGCGAACUUCAAUCGCUUGUUCGAGGACCUCGUCGCCGCCCAUGUCUCCCGCGACAAGGCCUACCAGCGCGCCAAGAUCGACGGCACGACGUUCACCCAAGCCGAUUUCGACAAGUGGGAACCCCCGCCCGCGCUGUCCGAGGGCGUCCGCAUGGACCUCUUGAAGACUAGGAUGCCAAGGAACCUCGUGACCGUCGACUCCAUCGGCACACUCCCUUCUCUUGAGCAAGUUGAGGGCGCGAUACGUCGGGCCGCACUCUCCUCGAGCCAGCAGUCCGAGCCCAUCGCCGAAGUGUUGGCGGCACAUACACAGAUCCGAGGUCAGCCACCCUCGGGUCGUCCUUCGGGCAACUUGGCGCCUCCCUUCCUCCAGGCCUCGAAGGUGCCCGGUCUCAAGGAACGGUGGCCUCACGGGAUCUCACACGCCGGUCGCCUGAAAUUGGGCUGGAUGCAGUACAGGAUGUGCUAUGAGCAGGGCCACCUCGGCGACGAAUGCCCUGUGCCUUCGACCAAGAUCUCUCGCCGCCGCAUCGCUGUUCUCGCCAGACACAACAUCACCAUUGGCGUGGCCAACGCGAUGGCGCUCGUCGCCGUCGACCGCGAACCGGAGCCACCUCUCGGGGACGAAUUGUACGAGGGCUACUUCGUCGUUAGUGUCGCCAUUGGGGACGACGACACGGUGUUGUACCUGAACAACAACCCGCGCUAUCUGCUCAAUUCAGGUGUGACUCGCCGAGAUCUUCUCGUCGACUUCAAGCCCUUCACCACGGAGCGCGUCCGCGUCGUCGGCGCCUUCAACUCGAGCGCCAUGGCGACUGGUACGGGCAAUCUCCGGUUCGGCAUUGGCGAUGCGCCCCUCGAGCUUCGCGAUGUCCUCCUCGUCCCCGGUCUGUCCGCUGAGCUCGUCUCCCUUGCCGGCCUGAUGAAGGACGGGUACAAGCUAUCCGACGAGUGUGGCGCGGCUGGGAGGCAUACUGGGAUCACCAUCUUGAGCGCGACGUCACACCUUACUUUCGUCCUCGACCGCAAUCACUACGUGCUCCAGGCAAGUUCUCCCUCACCUCCUCGGGCGGAUCACCUGGCGCUGACUGCCACCACCUUGCCUACAGAUGUAGUGCUUUGGCAUCAGCAUUUGGGUCAUCCUUCUUGGGGUCGUUUGGUAGAGCUUGCUAGAUCGGGUCGUCUCCCACUCAACCUCGCCGCUGUAACUCAGGACCAGAUUCCUCUCCUCGAUCAGUGUGAUGCUUGCUGCACCGGCAAAGCCAUUUCCUCACUGAACCGCGAAUCCGAGAGCCAUCCCGCGGACACACCUUUCUCCUGCGUCUUUGCCGAUGUAUGGGGUCCUUCCCCGGUUCCCGCUCUUUUGGGCGCUCGUUACCUCUGCGGCAUCACGGAUGAGUUCUCGCAUUUCCGCUGGGCCCGCAGCAUCCGACUCAAGAGCGACUCGGCUGCCGUCCUUCAGGCUUUCGUUGCGAUGUCGAAGACCCAAUACGGGGGCCAGGGCGUCACGACCCUUCGCACGGACAGAGGGGGUGAGUUUGUGAACCACACACUCCGGGAUUGGCUCGCCGCGCGGGGCAUCUUCCACAAGCACGGUCAGAUGGGCGUUCAGGAGCGCAGCUGGCGAACGAUCUUCAACUCCGUUCGCGCCUGGCUCCAUCGCUCUGGACUGCCUCCCACACUUUGGGAUGAAGCAGCGCACUCCCGACUCCGUUCUCCACGAGCCCUCGGACCCGGUCACGGACACUCGCCGCCCCCGCCUCGACCGUGUCAAAACCUGGGGCUGUGCCGCUCAUGUACCGCUCGCCCCCGAGCAAUGUCCCAACAAGUUAGCUCCGCGAUCCCGCCUCUGCUACUUUGUUGGUUACUCUUCGCACUCCAAGGCCUGGCGGUUGUUCGAUCCGGUUCGUAACAAGGUCUUUGAGGACUGGUUCUUUCCCGCUGCGGUGAGCCCUGUCAUUCCUGUCGCAGCCGGUUUGUCAUACCCGCCCGCGCCGCUCAGCAUCGCUACCGCCGCCGCGCCCCCUGUCGCAGAAUUGCCUGCCGCGGCUCCCGCUGCCACCGCACCGCCACCCGUUCCGCCCGCCCUCGCGUUUUCAAAUCCUGGUCCGGCGAACGCACCGCUUGUUGGUGACCACUCCACCCGAGCCCGUCGCCCACCUGACUAUCUCGGAUUUGCCCACACGGCACAGCAUUGGGAGUUCGCCGAGCACGCCGCCGUCCAGGUCGACGACUUCGACAAAGGCGACCCUGCCAUCCAGAUGUACUCGUACGGGGAAGUCUCUGCAUUCCUCGCCCAGAUCAACAGCGACAACGCUCCCUCGGUCCGGGCUGCCCUCGCUGGCCCUUUUCGUGACUACUGGCUGGGGGCCAUGUCGACAGAGGAGGGAGCUCUCGCAGCCAAGAACACAUUCUCCAAGCCGCUUCGACCCCCGCCCGGAGUGAUCGUCAUUGGCAGCAUGUGGGUCCUUCUUGUCAAGCGCAAUGCCGAGGGUCAGAUCGUCAAGUACAAGGCUCGACUUGUUGCGCGCGGGGACAUGCAAAAACGUGGGGGGGAGCAAAUUGAUUCGUUCUCGCCCACGGGUCGAGCCGCAUCUCAUCGCCUGUUACUCGCUCUCGCGGUCGAGAAUGAGUGGGAGACCCGCCAGUUUGACGUCUUGUCUGCAUACCUCAACGGCAACCUUGGCAGGACCGAGAUCUACAUGCGUCUGCCCGGAGGCGAUGUCGUGCGCCUGCAGCGCCCUCUCUACGGUCUCGUCCAGGUGGGCUGCGAGUGGUACAAGGUCUUCACUGAGUGGAUCCUGUCUAUCGGCUUCACCCGCACCGACAGUGACCAUGCUGUCUUCGUUCGCAAGGAGGGGGACCGACGCUCUUUCCUUUCCAUUCACGUUGACGACGGUUUGCUCACGGGUGACGGCGAUCUUGACAACGUGCUCUGUCAGCUGAAGGCUCGGUUCGAAGCUCGCAGCACCAACGAGGCAUCAUUCGCGAGGGCAAGACGGGUGCAGUGAUCGUCAACCAGGCGCAUUUCGUCGAUGCCAUCCUCAAGGAACACCACAUGGCCAAUGCCUCUCCCCGACCCACACCUCUCGCGGCUCCGUCGACCCUGAAGAAUCGUGCCGACUCAGACUUCGAUCCCGCCUCAAUUCCUUAUCGCGCCAUCGUUGGCAAGCUCCUCUAUCUCUCUGGCACCAUCCGACCCGACAUCAUGUUUGCCGUCUCGAAGGCUGCUCGUUUGUGCAACGACUUCACAGCGGAGCAUUGGGAGGCGCUCAAGCACAUUCUUCGCUACCUUGUCGGUACUCGCAAUUUUAGCAUCCGCUACCAGAAGUCCUUUCAGCCCAUGUUGGCGAUCUUGGAGGGGUUUGUCGAUGCUGAUCAUGGCGCCGACCCAGUCACCCGUCACAGCGUCUCGGGCUACAUCUUCACGUGUGCCGGUGGGGCUAUCUCUUGGAUCACCAAGCGACAGACUGUCGUCACCCUCUCUAUUACCGAGGCUGAGUAUGUGGCCAUGUUGUACGCCGCUUGUGAGGGGAUUUGGUUACGUCGAUUGCUUGCAGAUCUUGGCUUCAAACAGACUGCUCCGACUCGUUUGCGGGGUGACAACCAAUCCGCUAUCACUCUGGCCAAGCACCCGGCCUUCCAUGCUCGUACCAAGCACAUAGGCAUCCACUUUCACUUCAUUCGAGAUCACAUCGCAGAAGGCACAAUCGAGAUGGUCUGGGUGCCCACUGGCACCAUGGCUGCGGAUGUCCUCACCAAAGGGCUUGGGACUCAGAAGCACUAUCAGUUUGUACACGCGAUGGGGCUUAUAGAUUCAUUGCGUGAAGGGGCGAGUUGGUGUGUUGUGAAUGAGGAUUAGCAGGAAGGCGGCUAUUGGCUAUUUGAUUAGAAGUGUGCGUUUGUUUAGUGAAGCCUGGCGAUGCGCACCAACCAUUGUCUUCUCUCCACGGUUAGAUUACACGCUCGUCAGUCUCUUAUUUCACCAAUGUCCAUUUUGCGCCGGACACCCUGGCCAACAUCAUCUCUGUUUCCAAAUGGCUGCUAAAGGUGUCCACACAUCCUUCAUAUUGAAACUGAACAGCAAUGUGCUGAACAAGUUGGCGGCAGGGACGAGCCAAUGA